AUGAGCUCUUCUUUGGCUGGUGUCAAGGACUUGCUUAAGGUAUCGGAUGAGAUCACAGAUGCUGUUGCCACCAACAAACCCAUCGUUGCUCUUGAGUCAACUAUCUACACUCACGGAGCCCUGGGCAAUGAACUCGCCCUCCAACAUUCAGAUCUUGUCCGCAGCAAUGGAGGUAUUCCCGCCAUCAUCGCCAUUGUUGAUGGCGUUCCUACUGUCGGAGCAACAGCAUCUGAUAUCCUUCGUAUGAUUGAGAGUGGAAACGCUGUUAAGGCAUCCAGGAGAGAUAUUGCCUACCUCGCGGGAAUGGGUUUGACAGGACAGAAGAUUCAUGGCGGCACCACCAUAUCAGGAACCAUGGUGCUCGCCAGGCUUGUAGGCAUUCGAGUGUUUGGCACUGGUGGUCUCGGUGGCGUUCACCGUGGAGGCCAUGACUCAAUGGACGUUUCUGCUGAUCUCACUGAACUUGGCCGAACCCGAGUCGCCGUCAUUAGCAGCGGCUGCAAGGGCUUCCUCGAUAUCCCCAGGACACUGGAGUUCCUCGAGACCCAGGGUGCACAUGUUUCGACCUUUGCAGACGGACGAUCUGGAAAGAUUGAUUUCCCUGCUUUCUGGGCUCGUGAUAGCGGCAUCAAGAGCCCUUCUGUUGUCCACACCGAGAAGGAGGCUGCUGCUAUCAUUCUGGCCCAGGAGAAGCUUGGCAUUGAGUCAGGCUUGCUCUUCGCCAACCCCAUCCCGGAGGAAUUUGGCAUUCCUGCGCCUGAGAUGCAGGCUUAUAUCGAACAAGCUGUCAGAGAGGCCAAUGAGAAGGGCUUCACUGGCAGCGCUAACACUCCGUAUAUCCUGGGUAGGCUCAAGGAGCUAACAGGAGAGAAGGCCGUUGUCGCCAACAAGGCGCUGGUAACGUCCAACAUCACCCGGGCCACCAACAUCGCUGUCGAACUCUCAAAAUUGUUGUCUUCUGGUUCUGAACCAGUCAAGACUUUCAAUUCAUAUUCUGGCGCUCCAUCUGCAUCUGCACCUGCAUCUCCUGCUCCUACUGAGCUCAAGGGGCCAGAAGUAACGUCUGAUAGCAAGGCUGAUAUCCUUGUCGCUGGUUCCGUUGCUGUUGAUCUAAGCUGUGACUAUGCCCCAAAAUCGGGUGACGCUUCACCCGUCCUCCAUACCUCGAAUCCAUCAAGUAUCAGCCAGUCAAUUGGAGGCGUCGGCCAUAAUGUAGCUCUUGCUGCCCACUCUGUAAGCAAACAUGCGCGAGUACGGCUCUGCAGCAUGGUUGGUGAUGACGUUGCUGGCAAGACCAUUAUUAAUGGACUCAAAGCCUCUGGCCUUGACACCACAUACAUUCGACAAUUAGGCCACGAGUACCACGGCUCUAAUAGAACGGCUCAGUACGUCGCUGUCAAUGAUGCAAACAAGAAUCUAGUCAUGGCUAUGGCCGAUAUGGGGAUCUUCACAAACCACUCUUUCCCCGAAUAUUGGAAGUCUGCCGUCCGGGGAACCAAGCCCAAGUGGUUGGUAGUGGAUGGCAAUUGGAGCGAGAAAGAUAUUCGAGCAUGGCUCAAGGCUGGCCAAGAUCAAGACUGCAAGAUUGCCUUUGAACCAGUAUCGACAGCCAAGUCUAUGAACCUUUUCUGCCCUCAGAAAGGACACCCGAAACUUCGAGUCUUCCCCAAGCCCACGGUAGAUAUCGCUUCUCCCAACAGCUACGAGCUGGCAGCUAUGUACUCCGCAGCUCGUGAUAACGGCUACUUUGAGGCCCCGGAGUGGUUCGAUAUCAUCGAUGCCUUUGGCAUGCGAGGCGCCCGAGAUCGUUUUGUUAAGAUGACUACAGCCGAGCUGACUGACGCUGGUGUCCCCGUUCAGUCUGUUCAACUACUUCCUUAUAUUCCAACUAUUGUGACGAAACUUGGGCCUCAGGGUGUCCUCCUGACCACCAUCCUCGGAAAAGAUGAUCCUCGUCUGAAGGACCCUGACUCCGAAGAGUACAUCCUUGCUCGCUCGAUGAGCGACCACCCCAGCGUUGGUGGACUCUAUAUGCGACUAUUCUCUGCAGCUGAAAGGGUCCAGAACAUUAUAUCUGUUAACGGGGUCGGAGAUACGUUCUUCGGAGUUUUGAUCUCCGGAUUGGCCCAGGGUGGCAAAGUCGAAAACCUCAUUGAUGUUGCACAAGCUGGCUCAUGUUUGACACUCAAGUCUCCUGAGUCAGUGAGUCCUGAUCUAUACAGACUCGAAAUAACCGCAAAACUUACUCCAGUUAGACAAAGGACAACAAUGGCGCCACCACAAGACGAAGAAAUGGUAGAUCCCUCAUCCUCCUCCUCUUCGGAGAAUGAGUCUCAAUUUGACUCAGAAGAUGAGGUUCCUCAGAAGAAGCCAACUAUUACGCUCUACGAUAAAGAUUCGGACGAGGAAGAGUUGGAGCGACUUGUUCUAGGUAACAAGGCAGGCUUCCGGGCGCAAUUGUUCAAAGACGAUGGGAUUUUUGAUAACAGCUGGGAUGCGGAGGGUAAGGAACUCCAGCUUGUCGAACAAGAUCCUGGACUGGAGGAAAUCGACGAUGCGGACCUGUUCAUGUUCGACACGGGUGCUGGACCAGGUGCUGCAGAGGCCACAAAGGCAGCAAAGCCCAGCGAUGGAAACGCCCCUGUAUGGGAGGAUAGCGACGACGAUAGACUGGCCAUUUCCCUGGCUAGAGCCACUCGCUUACGAAAGCUGCGAAAGACGGAGGCCGAGGAUCUUGUGAGCGGGACUGAGUACAGCAGAAGGUUGCGACAACAGUACCUCCGACUUAAUCCCCUUCCAGCGUGGGCGCGCGAAGCAGAUGGACGACCUAGCAAGCGAAGACGAUCAUCAGCUGCGUCUGACUCUUCAGCAGACAGCGAUUCCGACUCUGAGAUUUCUGCUCAGCCUCUUGAGAAGUUCCUUCGCGAUGUCAACAGCCUGGCCGGAGCUGGAUCGACCAAGAAGAGGCGCUUACGACCCGAAGUCAUUGACAUCCAACGUACACGAGAGAUCCCAGACAAGCACAAGGCCCCCAUUGCCAAUCUUUCCUUCCACCCCGAGUUCCCGGUCCUCCUCUCCUCCAGCACCGCCUCUGUGCUCUACCUCCAUCACAUCGCGCCCGCCGCUCAUCCUACACCCAAUCCUCAAUUGACUUCAGUACAAGUCAAGCAAGUCGAUGUUCGAAGGGCCGAGUUCUUGUACCCUCGGGGCGACAAGGUGUUCUUUGCUGGCCGACGAAAAUACUUCCACCACUGGGAUCUCAAAUCAGGAACAGUGCAAAAGACAACGCAGAUCCUCGGCCACAGGCUCGAGCACAAGACUAUGGAGAGAUUCAAGCUCAGCCCGUGCGGUCGAUACAUGGCCAUUGUUGCAUCUACCAGGAAGGGAGGCGGUAUCAUCAACAUUCUGAACACAACAUCUAUGCAGUGGAUUUCCGCUGCCAGACUCUCUAGUCAGAACGGCAUUGCAGACUUUGCUUGGUGGAGCACUGGAAACGGUAUGACUAUCCUUGGUCGGGAUGGCCAGGUUGGCGAGUACAGCAUGGAGAGCCGCUCAUUCUUGGGAAUAUGGCAUGAUGAGGGUUGUGUUGGUGGCAUUGUCCUCGGUCUUGGCGGUCAUCAGGGUCCAGCUGUACUGGGUGACGAUCGAUGGGUCGCUGUAGGUUCCAACAGCGGCAUCACCAACAUAUACGAUCGCAACGAGCUUGUCGUACUCAAGUCGGAGGAAGUAUCUAUUAAGGAGCGCCCAACACCUACAAGAGUCUUCGAGCAGCUUGUCACACCCAUUACACACAUUGCUUUCUCACUAGAUGGUCAGCUUAUGGCUUUCGGAAGCCAACAUAAGAAGGACGCUUUGCGUCUUGUGCAUCUACCUACUUGCACAGUGUACCGUAACUGGCCUACGGAACAGACACCUCUUGGAAGAAUCACGGCAGUCGCGUUUGGGAAUCAGAGUGACUUGCUGGCGGUUGGUAAUGACACGGGGAAGAUCAGGCUUUGGGAGAUCAGGAGUUAG